AUGGAGAAUCUUCCCUCUCUUCUGGAAAGCAUAUACGCCACAUGGCUGAGCCUCAGCUCCACGAUGGACACAAUGGAUGUGAUAUUUGCCAUUGUGUGUGGACUGGGGUUCUACCUUCUGUUACUUCCCUUCAUUGAUAGUCAUCUGUCUCUACCGCUACCCAAUAUAAAGUUCACCAGGAAGCCUCAAAGGCAGAUGACUUGGCAGAGUCGGUACAGGAAAAAGUUUGGGACUCAUUCUAGGAAAGAUCUCAAAGCUUGGAGAGAAAGCCUGGAAAAGCUGAAAGAAAAAGAAAAAGAUGAAUCAUUUCUAGAAGAAAUUAGCCCAGGAUACCAUUUGAAUUAUUUAGGGAACAUGUUUAAGUCACCAAGUACUAAGCAAGACAGAACUAUCCUGCCACCCUUUUGGAACCUGAAAGAAAAAUCAGAACAGCAAAUGACCACUCAGAAACUAUCAUAUCCCACCAUCUUGGGGGACAAUUUUCAAGAGAAAUACAACCAGCUCUUUUGGGGUCUCCCUUCUCUGCACAGUGAAUCUCUAAUGGCCACUGCCUGGAUCCCUCAGGCUUCUUCUACUCUCCCUUCUCCCUUUUUCUUAUUCAAUGUCAUCUCAAGAGCUUAUCCAGUUCAAAUGCGGGAGAAGAUGUCUCCAGGGCAUUCCUGUACACGUCCUCUGUCCUACCUGGACCUCCAAUCUCCACCCUUAAUUCUGUCUCCACCCCAAUUCCAGGCCCCAGCUCCGAAUCAAGUCCAUCCUCAGUCCCCUCUCCCAGCCCAACUACCCUCUUCUCUACCCUACACAAGUGAUUAUGGAGAUUAUGGACCAUCUUGUUCUCAGUCACAAAGUCAGUCACAGUGUCUCCCUACUGAAAUACAUCACACAGAAGGGCACUCGCUAACAAAACUAGAAAGUAGGCUGCCUUUACCCUUGAUGGUCCAGAGACCUCAAGAAGUCUAUGAUGUCUUGGCCCCCAACGUUUCCCAAGACUGGGUAGUCUCUAUCCUCCCUGACAAUUUUCCUAUCAGCUGUGAGCUCCGAGAGAAACUGGAGCAACACAUUCAAAAGUGGCUCAUUCAACACCGAUGGGACCUUCCUCGUAAGAUCCAAGAGUCUCUGGAAGUGAUGCAGCUUCAGAACACAGUAACAGGACCUUGUCAAAUCAGAGACAAACCAGGCCCCUUACGAUCCUCUGUGUCUAUGGGCAACCAUAGCAAGGAUGACCACAAGGUGAGAUUCCAAAUAAAAAAGGAAUCUGGAAAAAAUUUGGGACCAAUUCUUGGAAACAUCUCAAAAGAUCCAAACAGGUGCUUGGAAAAAGCUCCAGUAACAUUACAAGGGGCAAAUCUUUUAAACAUCCUGAAAGCUCAUGUGGGCACAAAGUCAGAGCAAAUCAAUCAAGGUCUGAUCCCUCUGAGUGUGCGUCGAUCCUGGCUUGCUAUGAAAGAUGGUCUUUUCAUGUCUGAUAUCCAAAUGGAAACUAAGAAAUUAGCAUCCUCUAAGACAUCAGAAAAAUCCAUGAACUCUUCACAGAAGCUUGCCUUUCUUGAUCCAGGCACUCACCAGGCCCUGGAGGAACAUAUUGUAAGGUUUUGGGUGAAGCACAGGUGGGGUCUACCCCUCAAGAUGCUCAAACCCAUAAAUCUUCUUAAGUUUAAAAACGUUGAGUCCUUGCCUGUUGCACUGUGUGACUUGCCCUCCUCAACCACCUCUGUAUCUGGGACCAGUUCAGCAGUUGAGAUAGUCGGGUUCCUAGGAAAACCAUGCCAGACAUGUUUGAGAGAGGUGGUAAUUGAGGAUUCUUCUCCAUCACUAGGGAGUCUUCUCCUUGUUGCCUCUCCUUCCUGUAAGGGCAUCAAGAGAACCCUGAGAGCAUUUCCAUCUGGUGCUGACCAUGAGCCUUCACAGGUCCUGCCAAACAAAUCAGAGAGCAAGCAUCAUUCUGAAACUCUCAAACAUAAAGUCAUGGAUACACCAUCUCAGAGUGGGACUGUCUUAGAGAAAGAGAGAGAGACCCAAGGAGUCCUUUUACUGCCUAGAAGAAUCAGUGUCCAAAACCCAGGGGCACACAGUCACCAGGCAAAAACAGUUAGCAAGUUUCCACAAAGUGUGGAGACAGAAUCAGCCAGCCAGCCACAGGUCUAUACCAGUGCUGUGCUCCUUCCUGAAUAUCCCAGGAGCGCACUGCUUCCUGCAGACACUUUGGCUUCCCUUGGGUUAGGUGACAUUGUGAUGGUAGGAGGGGACAAUAGCCUGGUGCAGCAGAAGCCCAGUACUCCAAACCAUCAAGUCUCACCGAAGAGCCGAAUCAAAGUGUUGACAUCUACUUACCAAGGUGAGGAAGCUAAAAGACCAAGUAAAGGAGAUCAUGAAGGGCCCAAGCUCACCAGAGUCAAGGAGAAGGAAGAUAAAUUGAUAAGAAAGCAUCAGCCCCUUCCAAAACCUACACAGGUUCCUCCAGAAAGCCCCUUCCAAAAAUUUGUGAGCCGCUUUCUUCAGUGGAUUCACCCCAAGAAAGCAAUAAAAGGGCAGGAAUCUCCUAAGAAAGGUAAGCCUACAGCAGCUACUGCCCAGAGUCCACGAAACCAAGUAAAGAAACCACGCGUGGACAGCAAUGUUGCUGAGGCCCAGGAACUUACAACAGCCAUUGGACAGAUGCUAGAAAAAAAAAUGAUACAGCAACGUAAACAAUGUGCUUCCAAGUUAAAACAGCACUGGGAAACGCUUCCACCCCCUGCCUCUCAGUCUUCCUAUGGCCAUAAGCCAGUCUCUGGCUCAGAGCAAAGAAGAGCACCCAGCCACCUAGCCAAUUCCUUCUACCAAAGGUAUUCUACAAAGGAGAGGCACAUCAAAAGCCAACCAUCUCAGAAAAAUGUACCAUUUAGAAAUGAACCACAGACCCUUCAGAAUCCCAGCCCCUUGCCGCGUAACACAACUUUGAACCUAGAAAGUUCCUCUCAGAAUGGAACAAUAAUGCCAAAUGUUUCAAGUUACCAUCUCUGCUGUCCUAGGCACUGUGCUGUACGGAGAAGUAUCUAUAGCCAACUAGAAAAUUCCUCUCUAGUUUUCACUAGUAGAAAAGCAUAA